AAACUGUAUGUGUUAAAUUACAACCGCCCGUAUCUUGCGAGAUAACAGCUUUACAGCAGUUUAUCUGAAUCAACAGUCACAAACAAAAUGUAUGCUUAGUCCAAGUUAAGUGCUCUUACAAGACAGGAUGCCGACAUACUUCUCAUACCCUGAGCCAGCGCUCCAGAAGGAGCUGAAGGCUACGGCUGAAGCUAUAGUGGCUCCUGGCAAGGGCAUCUUAGCUGUUGAUGAAACCAACGAGGGCAUUGGCAAGCUGUUGGCAGCCGUUGGUUUACAAAACACGGAGAACAACAGGAGGAGAUACCGCCAGCUUCUUUUCACUACCGACAACCUUUCAGAACACGUGUCAGCAACAAUUCUCUUCGAUGAGACGGUCUACCAGAAGACUGAUGAUGGCACUCCUUUCAUAGAACUCUUGAAGAAGAAGAACAUCAUUCCUGGCAUCAAGGUGGACUUGGAUGCAGUUCCUCUGUUUCUUUCGCUAGAUGAGGUUACUACUCAAGGUCUGGAUAACCUAGCAACCCGUUGCGCCGAAUACAAGAAGCAAGGCUGUCGCUUCGCAAAAUGGCGUUGCCCCCUCAAGAUUGGGGAGCAUACACCAUCGGUUCAGGCUAUCAACGACACGGCUCAGGUCCUCGCGAGGUACGCUUCUAUCUGCCAGAGCCAGGGCUUGGUGCCCAUAGUGGAACCUGAUGUUCUUUUGGAUGGCGAUCAUGACAUCGUAAGAAAUCAGAAGGUUUCGGAAGCAGCGCUCGCAGCGGUUUACAAGGCGUUGAACGAUCACCACGUCUUCCUUGAAGGAACUCUGCUGAAGCCAAAUAUGGUGACUCCAGGGCAUGGAUGCUCAAAGAAGAACACCCCUCAGGAGAUAGCGACAGCAACUGUGACAGCGUUAUUGAGAACCGUGCCUGCAGCUGUGCCAGGAAUCGCCUUCCUCUCCGGUGGUCUAUCCGAAGAAGAAGCUUCGGUCUACCUGAACGCCAUCAACCGCGUGAGCUUGAAGAGGCCUUGGGCUUUGACCUUCAGCUACGGGAGAGCCCUGCAGGCUUCUGUGUGGAAAACUUGGGCGGGCAAGGAUGCGAACAUCAAGGCUGCUCAGUUGGAACUGCUGAAAAGGACAAAGGCUAAUGGAUUAGCUUCGUUAGGCAAAUAUGAAGGUGGUUCCGCUACUUCAGCAGGCAGCAAGUCAAACUAUGCAGCUAACCAUAGAUAUUGACGUGUAAACUGUUUGUAGAUAUUUUGUACAAAUAAAAAAUCAUCAUCA